CCCAGAGAGUCUUGCAAACAACAUAUUCUUUUGCCAUUGACAAGUGAGAAAAGCAUAUUGACUCCUUUUGCAUUUCUUGCUUCCAAGCCUGUCCUAAGAGUCUCUCACUUGUUCCUCAUUUGUAAUCUGCCUAUUGUCUUACAAGUUCAGAUUGAAACAAAUACAAACUUUCAGAUCUGAGUUGUUGUUGUUAUUAUGGAUCCGGUUACUUUAGUUGUAGGGUCUGCUCUAGGAGCAGCAUUUGAAAUUCUGUUUUCUGCAGUUCUAAAAGCGAAGCCCACGGCUAAGAUGUUUCAAACACACCUCAGAAAUCUCAAUAUCACGCUAGACUCUUUACAACCACUGAUUAGACAGAUAGCACAAUCUGCCAACCAUUUUGUUUCCCUAGAGUGCCUAGAAAAUUUUACAACAAAAAUGGAGGAGGGCAAGAAGCUGGUUGAAGAAUGCUGUGAUGUGGGAAUGUGGAACUGCAUCAAACAGCGUGAAUACAAAGACAAAAUUCUGGCAUUGGAUGGCUCUCUUCAAAGACUCUUAAGUAUACUGACAGUGCAGUUAGUAAGCCAUCAAGUUAUGCUGCUCAACCGAAUUGAUGGAAAUGUUGUGGCACAAAAUCAAAAUCAAUUUGGAGUUCGGUGUGCAGUACCUCCGCUUCCACUGGUUACUGUUGGCUUGAAGGAGCCUUUGGAUGAUCUGAAGAUGAAGCUUCUUAAGGAUGGACCGGUGUCAAUAUUUGUGCUCACGGCUCCUGGAGGAUGCGGGAAAACCACUUUGGCAACAAUGUUUUGUCAUGAUCAAGAAGUCAAAGAUAAGUUCAAGGAAAAUAUCUUCUUUGCCACUGUUUCAAAUAAGCUCAGCCACCUUAUUGUUCAAGAACUAUGGGAACAUACGGGAAUGCAGGCACCUGCUUUACCAAAUGAAGAAAUUGCAUUUAAAUGGCUGCAAAAGUUUGUGACGGAAAGAGGACAAAAUCCUUUACUAUUGGUCUUGGAUGAUGUUCAAUCUGGAUCAGAAUCCCUACUUGACAAGUUUAAUGAAUUCAAAAUGCCAAGUUACAAGGUUUUGGUGACAUCAAGAUAUCAAUUUCCAAAAUUUGGUCGUCCAAAUCCUCUAAAAACAUUGAAAGAUGAAGAUGCAAUGGAUCUUUUUCGUCGUUCAGCAUUCCUACCAAAUACGAGCUCUAACAUACCAGAUGAUAUUCAGAAUCAGAUCGUAGAGUUGUGUAAGAGAUUUCCACUUGCCAUUACAGCAAUCGGGGACUCACUUUGCAAUCGACCUAUAGAGAUCUGGAGAAAAAGACUACUGGAAUUGUCUAAAGGUUCUUCUAUUCUUGAGUCAGACCGAAAGUUGCUUGUUUACCUCAAAAGUUGCUUGGAUGACUUGGAUAAAGGAAUGACUACCGUCAAGGAUUGUUUCAUAGACCUUGGUGUAUUUCCUCAAGACCAAAUAAUCCCUGUUACUGCCCUCCUUGAUAUGUGGGCAGAGUCAUAUGAGGGAGCUGAAGAUUUUAUGUCCAUUGCAAACCUCUACGAGCUCACCACUCGCAAUCUGGCCACUCUUGUAGUCACAAGGAAUGAAGAUGCGGAUGGCUACUAUAGUGAACAUUUUGCUAUCCAACAUGGUAUGCUUAGAUCGCUAUCAAUCCAUGAGAGUCAUCAAGACCCGAUCGGACAGAGACUGAUCAUAGACAUACGUGGAGACAAGCUUCCAACGUGGUGGAAAGAGAAUAAGCAUAAAACGAAGAAGGCUCGAUUAGUAUCUAUUUCAACUGAUGGAUUGCACUCACCAAAAUGGCACAACAUGCAUCUACCAAAGGCAGAGGUUCUAGUUCUGAAUUUUCAGACAGCGAACUAUGUUUUACCCAAGUUCGUGAAGAGGAUGUCCAAGUUGAAGGUUCUAAUAGUCACAAAUUAUGGUUUCUUACAAGCUGACUUAAGUAAUUUCAAGCUCUUGGGUUUUUUACCUGCUCUAAAGAGAAUACGAUUAGAGCGCAUUUCAAUUCCUUCCAUAAGCAAGAGCGCCAUGCAGUUGAAGUGUCUGCAGAACAUAUCUUUAUUCAUGUGCAGCAUCGGUCAAGCUUUUAGCAACUGUCCCAGCCAAAUUUUAGAGGCAUUUCCAAAUCUGGUGGAAUUGAACAUUGACUAUUGCAAUGAUUUGGUGGAAUUGCCUGCCAAGCUCUGUGAACUUUUCCACCUAAAGAAGCUCAGUAUCACCAAUUGUCAUAAGCUAUCUGCCUUGCCUGAAGAGAUUGGAAAGCUGGUCAAUUUGGAGGUAUUAAGGUUAAGGUCCUCCACAGAGUUGGAAAGGCUUCCAGGCUCGAUUAAGAACCUAAAAAAGUUAAGCUUUCUUGACAUAUUUAAUUGUUUGAGCAUUAAGAAGUUGCCUGAAGAGAUUGGUGAAAUGAGUGGUUUAAGAAAGAUCAACAUGGGACAAUGCUCAAGACUGCAAGAGUUGCCUCAAUCAGUUUUGAAACUUAAGGAGUUACGGGAAGUGAUAUGUGAUGAAGAGACAGAAAACUUAUGGGGGGAGCCUUUCAAAUCCAGUCUCAUAAACAUAAACAUAACAGUGGCAAAAGAACAACACAACCUUAAUUGGCUCUACUACAAGCCUUGAGAGCUCACUGUCCUUAACAAAUGUUGGUGCAAUGUCUGUGUGAUUUGUGUUUCAAUAUUUCUUUUUCCUACC